AUGAGCCUCCUCUUGCUGUCCUCCACUAGCUCGGCCAAGGAUACCAAGAACCAUCUUCUCCCUCCACUUGUUGUCGAACCAACGACUGCGACAACCUCCUCCACUUUUUCACCGAGCUCCUCGUCCAACUCAAUCGAGUGUCCACCCCUCUCCUCAUCGCUAGAGGCUUCCAACAUUCCUCCCCUUCCCCACCACUCUUUUGGCUUCACUAAUGCUGCCAGUGGUAUUCCAACGUCUGUGCCCACCUCACCGCCAUCAUCAUCACUGUCCUCAUCCUCGUCGUCACUGCACCACAAGGAAGAGGAGAUUGGCUUCCUCAAACAUCAGCUCCAGACUGUGUUGGCCAAUCUGGGUGCCAUUAACCAAGCCACGGUCACCGACGUCGGUUCUCUUCAUUCCCUGAUCAGCAAAGAGAUCCAAAGAAUCGCCGGCAUCUACAACGCCUAUAAUGAGCCCAACACAAUUAACACAUCGACCAACGAUCUGAUGAUUGAUGAUGAACCCAACGACAAACAAGAUACUUCAUCAUCAUCCUCAACAAUCAAUUCUACAUCCACACCAUCAUCUUCAUCAUCAACUUCAACAUCAUCAUCCACAACAUCGACAUGUACAAGCAACAGCAGUCCAACAAAGCCCUGCAACACCUUGGAACAGUUUGAGGAUGAUGCCAACUGUGUUCCAUCGAUCUCUGGACUGAGUGCACUCUCGAUGGUAGCCACAAACAUCUAA